AUGGCGACCUCCACUGCCAUCACAGCCUUUACGAAAUCGUUUCGGGAACUUCAUGGCGUUGUAGUAUCGGCUGGGCUUAUGGACAGGACGGUCAAGGUCACGGUCGGCGGUCAGAAAUGGAACAACUUUCUCAAAAAGUUCUUCAAAGCUCCCCAGACGCACCUCGUCCACGAUCCCAACAACUCGCUCAGGACCGGAGACGUGGUGGCCAUCACGCCUGGUUGGCGAACCUCAAAGAACAAGCGCCACGUGGUUAAGCACAUCAUUGCGCCGGCCGGCGUACCGAUUGAGGAACGCCCCGCGGUGCCCACAGAGCAGGAUAGAUGGGCUUCUGAGGCGGCGUGGAGAGAGGCGAAGGAUAAGAGGCGAGCUCUGCGAAAGCAGCUAGAAAUACUUGAUUUAAAGCUUGCGAAUGCUGCAAGCGUUGCGAAGCGGUUACAAAAGGAGUCUUGUAACAUUUGA